AUGUGGAUGAAGGAAAAUUGGGACGAAGAGGUGGACGAAGAUUUGGAGGAAGAUUUGGACGAAGAUUCGGAGGAUGAUUUGGACGAAGAUUUGGGGGAAUAUUUGGACGGAGAUUUAGAGGAAGAUUUGGUGGAAGAUUUGGAUGAAGUUUCGGAGGAAGAUUUCGAUGAAGAUUUGGAUGAAAAUUUGGAUGAGGAAAAUUUGGAGAAAGAUUUGGAGGAAGAUUCGGAGGAAGAUUUGGAGGAAGUUUUGGAGGAAGAUUUGGUGGAAAAUUUGGAGGAAGAUUUUGCGGAUGAUUUGAAGGAAAAUUUGAAGGAAGAUUUGAAGGAAGAUUUGAAGGAAGAUUUGGAGGAAGAUUUGAAGAAAGAUUUGGACGAAGAUUUGGAGGAAGAUUUGGACGAAGAUUUAGAGGAAGAUAGAUAG